CAAGUGACAACCUGGUCGCGAUCCUCAAAGAACACUGGGACCAACAGCACAUGGGUUCGGCAGGACCAAAAGAAACCAUCAGAGGUUAGUCUUUAUGUAAUAUGUUUCUAUUAUUAAAUGCCAGAAGGAUGUUAUUUGUAAUUUUGACAAAUAUUCCUGUGGCAAUAUUUGGACCAAGUAUUUUUAAUUUUCAAGGAGGCAGAUAAUUAAUAAUACAGUCAAAUCAUUAUGGAAAUUAAUAUUGCAUGUUGGGCUUAAUUUUUUUCAGUGUACAUAAUAUUUCCGGUGUAUCUAAUAAAAAUCUUUUUGGUAAUUAAAACAUUCCUCUUAAAAAAUCCUUAAUUGAACUUCUCAGUGACUUGCAGUGACUAAUGUUUUACUCUGUGUAUCCAACGAAAUUAAUUGUCAUUUUGAGGAAAUGUAAGUGGAUAUUUCUAGUCGGGGUCUGUCACUUUAGUCUAGUGCAGACAUGCACCAACAUUGUUGAAAUAUUUUAAUUUAUUUAUUUAAACUCUUAAAUUGUAACCCAAGAAAAUCACACUUUUACUUCUGUCCAUGCUGAAUGGGAGCUGCAAGUUUCACCAGCUGCUGAGGCUCAUUAAGGCUGGCAAAACAGCUGCUGUAAACCAUUCCAUCCAGCUGCUAAGUCUCUUUUCUGAGGUGCUUACUUCUGCCAUAAUUUUAAGGUGCUGUGAAGAUUCUGGGCCUUCUUUUUGCGUGUGCUGCUAGUUUAUAAUCUUCUAAAACUGUGCAAACUUUAAAUAAUACUAAAAAUGUUUUUUGUGAAGUUAAUUGUUUUUAUGCUGCACAAUAUGAUCUUGAUUUUAAGGUCCACUGUAAUUCCUUCUCUAGAAAUGGCAAAGAAAACCUGAUGGAUCUAAUGGUAUUCAGCCUCUGUGUAAAGUUUAUACUAAAGGUAUAAGAGAUAAAUCUAAAGAUUUAUUAAGUGCUGGCCCAGCAGUAUUCAGAAGGGGAGGUAUGUUGUAAGUGUCCUAUUAGCAGUACCUUUAUGCACAAACUGUGAUGUAAAACCCCAUUUGUAUACUGACAAAAGUGGAUUGAUUGGCACCUGUGAUGUGGGUUGCAGUGGUGUUCUAUCCAACUGAGGCUGACCUCCUGCUGUGCUUUUCCCUGCAGGUGCCUUCUUGGUCAUGAGUCAUUAACUAAUAUGGUAAAUGAAAGCAGCAAUACGCUUUUAGCUUCCUUCCCAAACUCUCAAGACCAUCAAAAUACCCAAUCAUCAAAGAUGGGAGUAUUCUAAAAUUAGCACUAAUAUUUGUCAUUAAGCUGAAGGAGCCAGUCACUGUCUUUUAUCUGGUUUAUCAUAGGCCUCUGCAGGUGCAAGUAUCAGCUUCUUAUAGGAUCAAGCUCGAUGAUGUGGAUCAGUUAGGGUGUCUUAUUUUACCCACGCUUGUAUACAUUUUAUUCUAAAGCAUAAAAUUGCAUGCAGUUUGUACCUAUGCCAUGAAACCACUUUUAUUUUGAUGGAACAACCUCUUUGCAUUUAAUCUCUGUGCAGGGUCCAAUGGGUCUAAUCACUGAAGUGCUAUCGAUGAUGUAAGUGCUAAAUUUGGGUCAUGCUGCCAGUUGCAUCUGAUUUAAACUGUCUUAAACGGACUUUUUUCAGUGACAAUAGACUUCUUAUGACGAACCUCACGUUGCCAGUUGUUUUAAUGCAGUUGGCAUCUCUUUUGGAGAUUUGGUGACCUGAAGAUGCAAACAAUUCCUUCAGUGUUUAAGUGCCUUAUUAAUUUCACAGGAAUCAGCAACUAGCUUUUGCUAUCAUGGUAGCCCUGCUCUUGAUGUGGAUGGCUCAUCGGCAUUGAUGGGGCCUGGAUGGAAGGCCUUGCUUGUGGAUUCUUUGGCUGAAAGAUAUGCUGAAACACUUUUUAAAUUUUCCUAGCCACCGGUCCAUUUCUCAGCCAGUUAGCUGGUUAACGUUAGAUGAGUAGAAUGCGCAAUCUUCAAUACUAAUUAUAUAUGCUCCCUUUAGUCUGUGAGUAAUGAAUUACUAAGGACAGGUUUUUAUUUUAAAACAUUGCAAAAUUCACUUUCAGCAUCUUCUGACAAUUCAGCAUUCUAACUUGCUGAUGCUUGGGCAUGGUACAAUUUGAAAGAUGCCCUACAAAACAGAUUCCAGGUGUCCAAGAUUCCUACCUCAUAAUGCUACAGCAUUCAGUGUGUUAUGAAAAAUGGAAGAGCGAGUACGUACUUGUAGAUGUGUGAAUGUUCAUGUAAUUGUACAUGCAUGAUGUAAAAAAAGAAGACGACUUGCUGAAUUUGGUCUCCUAUGGAGAACCAACAAAAUAAAUAUUUUUGAACAGCAAAAUGAUGUUGCCGUAUGUUAAUAAGCUUAGCUGUUCUUGUUCUAGUUGAUCACAGAACAAAGGUGCCGAGUUUGACGUGUGGCAGGGUUAGGGUUAGCCACAAAUUUCUGGCCUGUGAAAUAAUGCUGGGUUUUUGUAUGCAUUUGUUAGUAAAGAAAGAACAUUGUUAUGAGGGAAUCGUUAUGCUUUAAUCUAAACACAAAAUAUAUUAAAGUUGCAUUUGACAUUAAAUAGGUCAAGAACUAUGUUCUUUAAUUAUUGCUCUUUACCCUUUGCCACAUUUUUGUAAAUUCUCAUGUGUUUGUUAUUUUUGGAAAUUAUCCUAGCUUUUGGAGGGUAAUUUGGAGUGAAUUUUCAACACUUGUUCCUCAGUGGAUGCAACACGAUGUCAUUCUGUUGCAUAAGGAAUCUUGCUUUUGGUGCUAAUGAGAAUGGAAUUGAUUCAGGCCAUGUGACUACAUUUGUAAGCUUGUUGAGUAAACUUUGGUGUUUCGGACAGAUUUUAUCACAGCCAUGAAGCUUCCUGACUCAGCUCAGUUGAAUCCAGAGGAGUUCUAUGUUUUGUCAGACCCCUGGAGACAGGAAUGGGAGAAGGGUGUUCAGGUUCCAGCCAACCUGGAUGCUAUUCCUGAGCCUGUGGUCAGGAUGCUUCCUGAGGUCAGUCAGAUUCCAUUCUUUUCACCAACCCAGAGCAGGGAACAGAAAGAGUUAAGAUUAGACUCUGAGAUUCUCACAGACUCAAUGAGUCGAUAUGAUCUAGAUGACUUCGAUGUGGCUUGGCUAGAACUGGUCAAUGCAGAAUUCAGAGAACUAGCUCUGCCAGAACUGGAUGAACUGACCAUGGAGCAGGUUUUGGUAGAGUUGGAGAGCCAGUGUGAUGAGAAUAUGCAGAAGGCCAUAGAGACAGAAGAGGGCUUGGGCAUUGAGUAUGACGAGGAUGUUGUUUGUGAUGUGUGCCGUUCGCCUGAAGGAGAGGAUGGCAAUGAGAUGGUUUUCUGUGACCAAUGCAAUAUCUGUGUGCACCAGGCAUGUUAUGGCAUCUUGAAGGUUCCUAUUGGGAAUUGGUUAUGUCGCACCUGUGCACUUGGGGUUCAGCCAAAAUGUCUGCUGUGUCCCAAGAGAGGAGGAGCUCUGAAGCCCACUCGCAGUGGAACCAAAUGGAUUCACGUUAGCUGUGCCUUAUGGAUCCCUGAGGUAAGUUUUGGCUGUCCUGAGAAGAUGGAACCUAUCACUAAGGUGUCACACAUCCCUGCCAGUCGCUGGGCCCUGUCCUGCAGCCUGUGUAGAGAACACACAGGUACAUGUAUACAGUGCUCCAUGCCUUCCUGCAUUGUUGCCUUCCAUGUGACCUGCGCCUUUGACCAUGGGCUGGAAAUGCAUACCAUCCUUGCAGAAAAUGAUGAGGUGCGGUUCAAGUCCUACUGCUUGGAGCACAGCAAUGUCUCACACAUAGAUAGGCCUGAAUCACGACAUACAUCAGAGGGGGAACGAGCAAUGUUACAGUCAGAUCGACUGGACCGUGAUCAGACAGAACCGGAAAAGGUCAGCAAGCGUAAACAAAAGCUGCAGGAGCUGGAAGAUGAGUUUUACCAGUUAGUAAACCCCAAGAAUGUUGCUGACAGCCUUGGUCUGCCAGAUAUCCAUGUAGACUUCCUCUACCAGUUCUGGAAGCUCCGUCGCAGGGCUAACUUCAACCGUCCUGUUGUGACAUUGAAGAGAGAUGAGGUGGACAACCUGGCCCAACAGGAGCAAGAUGUUCUGUACCGCCGCUUAAAGCUCUUUACUCACCUGAGACAGGAUCUGGAAAGGGUCAGGAACCUCUGCUACAUGGUCACACGAAGAGAAAAGAUGAAGCACAACUUGUGCAACCUACAAGAGAAGAUCUUCAAUCUGACAAUUGAGCUACUAGAGGAGGACCUAGCUGGAGAAGAAACCGUGAAAGCUGAGAAAGGAUGUCCAAAUGGAAUCAAGGACAGAGGAAAGGAACAGAGAAAGAGCAGCUCAGAGAAUAAGGAGAAAUUGAAGUCAAAGGAAAGCUCUCUUGUUAGACAAAUCGGCUUCUCCCUCCCAUUGGAUGACUCAUUGUUUGACAGUUGGCUGGCACAGUCUGUUCAGAUCACUGCAGACAACAUGUUGAGCCACUGGGCAUUGGGUGGUGAGCCACAUGACUCUUCUGCAAGCCUUUUAUCUGACCAGCUGCUGCAGGGUGAGGAGAGCCUAAUCAAUUUGAUGAUGGACCACUCCAUGAAGUCCACCUGGAAAACCCCUCAACUGGGUCGCAAAGGUAAAGCCAGGAACAGAGGCCCCAAGCAGAUCACCUCUGGUAUAGAAGUGGGCAUGGGGCCUGCACCCAAAGGUAAAAGUCAUAUUAAAUAUCAGGGAGCUCAUGAUGGCAGACGGGGUGAGAGACUACGCUCCUCAAAAGCUCAUCAUCAUCAUCAUCAUUUCUACCAUCUUAAUGACUCGCAAUCCAGUAGCACUGAGGGAAAAAUAGAACUACUACAGCCACCGAUAUCAAAAAUGGACUCUUGCCAUAUUUCAGAGAAGCAUGAACCUUCGGAAGCCAGUGCUGGUGCAGGGGUGAUGUCAACUCCAGAAACAGAGAGUAGGAGGAGCUCACGAGAGGCAUUGCGAGUCCGGCUCCCAAGGCAAGGAAAAUCUCGCUUUAAAAGUGGAGGAACACAGGCCACAGAGGUUUCUGUGCAGGAGAGUAUUGGUAAAAAAGGAACCUCGCUACUUGACACCGAGACAGAUGGUUACUUCUCAGAUGCUGAACAUAGUGACUCAAGCUCGCGCGCUGCUAGACGGAAGUUGCACCUCACCCCGCUGCACACUGGGAAUGAGGAAGUACUGUGGCAAAGUGUUCUAGCCUCCUAAAACUGAAUCAAAGACCAGAAGAGCGGAUGAGAAAAGUGUUUCUGAGAUUCCCAGAUGCUAUGGUUUCAUUCAUCUCUCACUUAGUCUAGUGUGUUCACUCCAACAGAACUACAGAUUUCAUCUGUAGAUUGCUGUAAAUAACCAAAACUAGUCUUUUGUCCAUUUAUUUUUCAAUCCUCUCCUCCUCCACCAUUUCUCUUCAAAUAUAACUUUAACAGUGACUAAUCAUAAUGUCUUUGAAACUGAAAUUUUUAAAUCUCUGUCAGACCAAGAUGGGAUACAUAUGGGAUACAUACACAUUUUUCAUGUUGCUCAUUUCUAAGUUAUAUCUUCCAAAUAUCCUCUUGGGAAACAGUUGGAUUUGGUACACUGUCUUAAAACAUUAAUGACAAGCCCCAUAAAUGUGGAUUAUAUGGGCAUUAUUAAGAUGGUUUGGGUUGUUGUCCUUUGACAAAAACAAAGGAGUUGGAGGUGGAAGUGGCCAUUUAAGAUUUUUGGAUGGAAAUAGUGUACAGUGGUAAUUAUAAUGAAAAUAGUGUACAUAGGUAAUUAUGGAGCAUCUCAGUCAUUAAAAGCACAAGAAACAAGACUGACUGCAGCACACAUGCAUAUCACACCAACAAUGUAUUUAGAGAACAUAGGGCCCAUCCUUACACUUCAGAGAGAACAUGGGCCCAUCCAUAUACUUAAAAGAUAGUUCUUAUGCAUAUGUAGAUGACCUACAUAAACUGACAGUCAGCUCCAUUUUCCCCCCAUACACUUGCUCUCUUUUUCAGUAGCUAAGGCUGACUUAGAAUAAGCAGAUGUCUAUUAGAAAGUGUGCCUUCUGUUGCUCCCCUGAAACAAGGUAAUCACCUUAUUUGGUGCAAUCAGAGAAAUCAAAAGGAAAAAUAUCUUUUUUGGUCCAAAAGUAGUGCCUAAAAAAUGUAAGUGCAGCAUUUGCCAUUAAUCAAUACAACAGUAAACACAGUCACUAAGAUCAUUCCAUGGUUGUGCAAAAAUGCUGCCUUGAAACAAACAGCCUGAAUCAUCUGUUUGCUGACUCAUAUAAUCAGCCUCAGUUAGUCCACAAUUUUAAAUUAGGUGCCAACCCCCAAAUUCCUCUUUGUUAUGAAGCUAAGCAACCCACUGUAUGUGUCUCAGGGCUAAUGAGUAAAAUCUUAGAUUCAAUCUGUCAAAGAAAAACUUAGUAGUUAUAGUUACAAUCAAAAAUUAAAAUAAUAAAAUACUUGCAUGCAGAUUUCA